UCAGCUGGAAUGAAACGGGAAACACGAAUCUAUGACUUGAUCAUUACAAGAGAUCAAAAAAUUUUCCCACGAGUUGAUACCUAACCUAACCAAACCUAAUUUAAGCAGAGUACUGGAUGUUGCCGUGGCCAUCAAGACGAAUUCGAACAAAUAUCUUGAUAGAUCCAGAUAAACCUUUAGUCCCAGGAACACUUCACUCCAGUGGUUAUCUCAGUGCUUGAGUUAUACGUGAGAAGUGUCUGUGCAUGGCUGGUAGAGGAGAACUGACUUGUGAAGUUUCAAAUAAUUGUAAUGUGACAAUGACCGGCCGAGGGAAGCAGAAAACAGGCGUGGUGGUGGAGGGAAGCUUCGUAGGGGUAAUCAGUGUCCACACCUCCAUGAAGACCCUAAACCAUUCCACCAAAUUUGGUAUUGCUAUGGCGGCCUACAGUGCCAUUCAGCAACAAUGUGGGAAGCCCGUAAGUAAUGGCGGCCAUCAGACAGACAGUGCAGACUACAGCCGCCACCUGGGAGCCGCCAGCACCAAACACUACGGCAAACUGUGCACCAUCUCCCUGGAGGACGCCCACCUCACAAUCACCAUGAUGGAGCUGGAGGUCCUGAAGAUGCCAUUAAAUACCAUAUCAGUAUCGAUGGCCGUGCCCGAUGACCCUUACCGCCUGGUGUUUGUUGGCAAGACCAAAGCUUGCUCCUUCAAGCUUGAUGACCUCCGAGUCGCUUUCGUCGUCAAACUUCUCUCUCCGUCAGAGAUGGAUCAGGUCAUCAGUUUUAUAAGAAACUUAAAGUCUCCAGACUCCCAUGAGCCACAGUUUUGUGGACCAUCGUCUACUGAAGCACAAAUACUCGAGUCACCUUCUCCUGGGCCACAGUUUCCUGGGCCACAGUCUCCUGGACCACAAUCUCCUGGACCACAGUCUCCUGGACCACAGUCUCCUGGACCACCAUCUCCUUCAUUCAUGUGUUCAGCAAACAUCACUCCUUCUGAUAGUCUGAGACAAGUUCUUCCUUCAUCACCCCCCACAAACAGUUACAACACAGAGGGAUCACGACUACACGUGCGUCGACUCUCUGGAACUGUUGUUGGACACGUGCCCUCACAACACCUUUCUGGCGCUACCUAUCACGAGUACGACACUCCGCCACCACCGAGAGUGUUCGAGGCCCCGUAUGAUGUUCCACUACCGGGACCUCCAAGGAAGGUGAGGGAAUAUCGUCCUCAGUUUCGCCGAGCUUCCUUACCAUCUCAAGAGACAGUUUCCUCUGAGCCAUUCCAAAACCUCGUGAAAAGGGAACCUGCACUUCCUUUGUCCUCCACCAGAUCGAAAAGGAACAUCCAACAAACGUUACCAGAAAAUCAACAAGAAAAGAACAUCGAAUAUGUAGAUCAUCAUUACUUUUCAUUUGACGAAGACUUUGAUAGUAACUUGGAAGAUUCCCAUGAGAAUAAAGAGUCUUUGGAGAGUGUUGGCCAGAGAUCAAAAAGUCCUCAGGUCCAUUGGGACUCUGCAGAUAAGAAAGAUGUUCAUGGUGAUAGUGGAUAUCUGGAUAUGUCAGUAGUAGGCUUACCCAAUUUGGAAUCUAGAUAUGCAGGGCUGAAUGAAAUUGCCGAGAGGGUGUAUGAGGUGCCUUCAUCUCAGACUUACGUGACUAUGAGCCACCGUAAUGACAUAAUAGAUCAAAUGAUACGAGACGAAGAGCAAUAUGUAUUAGACCUUGAUGAUCUACAGAGAGCUCUUGCUGUUCAAGGGAUGAACAAUGAGCUCUUAGUAACUGCCCAGAGACUAUACGAAUUCCAUCGCAUGGAGUUCAAGCCGAAGCUGCAGAAAUCCCAAACGUCCCAACAGGUGGCGGCAGCUUUUACAGAGAGCUGCGAUGGGUUUAGUUUAUAUAAGGAUUUAUUAGUUAAAAGCUCAAAAUCUUUGCAUAAGGCGUCAAUUGCCAACAUAAUGGAUAAAGUGCUUUCGACCAUGAAACAGUUAAAGAAUUACAAGUCGAGCCUGACAUGCUUGCAAGAGAGGGAACCUUCUGAGAGAGAAUCACUCCAAGUGGCCCUUGAUAUAAUACAUAACUGUCUUACUAGCGCUAACACUCAGCUCAUUCUGGACGCCAUGGAGGGCUGUCCCUUCCGGCCAGAGCAGUGCGGAUCAGCCCUGCAGACUGGAUACAUCCAGUUAACGAAAGGCCUUCUAUCACGAGACAGAGAUUUCUUCACAAUGCUUACAGAGUCUUACCUGAUCUUCAUCAAGAAGACUCCUGGGAACGAGUUGCGGUAUGGCGCCAGUAUGCGGAUGGAGACUGUCAGCCUCAGGCAGUACGACAAGACUGACAGUCUGACUGUGGAAGGGGUGUUGCACAUGGAACACCGUGAAUCGCCCAGACAGGCCUACCGCAUGACAGCAGGAAGCCCACAGGAAGCCAACAAGUGGGUGGAGGCAAUCAAUGGCGUACUAGAGCGUCAGGCAAAAGCUAUGAGGGCAGUGAGGAGCAACGAUUGACUGGUGAAAACAAAGUUCUAUGGAUACGCAAGUAACGCAGCACCUAAUAAAAUGCCACUGUUGUGAAGUCUAUAUAUGUUGUCCAUACAAGUGACAACAAGGAACUAAUUCACUGUACAUUACAGGAGAAAUAUAGAGGAAGGAGUAAGAACGCCCUUAAAAAUUAUUAUUUUCUUCAUAUCCCCCUAUUGAUACGUUUUCUAUUAAAGGAGCGCUAUCAUAAAGAUCAAUUUGAUAUUAUAUGCAUAACUAUUUAAAACAAAUUCUUGUAAAACACUUUUGUUUUAAUCAUAUUCGUAUAUUUAUUUGUGCUUUAUCUUAUAUUUAAAUAUUUCACUUACAUUUAGAUUUAGAUUUUCUUUGAUGCUCACUAAUUGAGAUAAGAUUCAAGUAUGUAAUGUUCAUAUAUUUUUAUUAUAUGCAAUAUACACAGUAUAUUAUUUUUACAAAGACCACCAUAGCAAUACAAGAUUUAAUAAUGAAUUAAAUAAUCUAAGCAUGUCGUGGAGAUUGUUUUUCUUAUUUUCGCAUAUGUCUAAGUUACUGUGUUCAACUGGGAAUUUUUAUCUGUGUCAACUUUACUAAUCAGUUCCAACCUUAACUUGUCCGCCCAAGCUACUGAUUCCACUAUAAAUUCUGGAUAGUUCAAGUAAUAGGACACGUGGGGGACACAGGCACUUACUGUUAAUGCGGACACGUGGGUGAUACAGUUACUUGAGGGUAACAUUAGCACUUAUUGGGUAACAUGGGCUCCUGUGGGUAACAUGGACACAUGUGGGUAAUAUGUGUUCUUGUGGGUAACGAAGGUUUCAUCGCAGUGACAUCACACGACGGUGGGGGUAAUAGUGACGUCACAAGAGGGUGGGGUUAUUAAUGAUUAUGAAUACGAUCUAAGCGCCACAACAGCCAAGGGCAAGGGUGGGGUGUAGUGGCGUCACACGAGGGUUAGUUAUUAUGGAGGGUCGUCCAACAUCUCCACUUUCCUACAAGAAAACUAUACAUUAAUUUGACAAUUUUUGUAUAAGCUAUUAAGACCGAGUUACACAUUUUAUUCACACACAUUUUUUCAUGGGGGUUACUCGCUUAUUACUGUAUAUAUUUAACUAUGUUUUUAUUUUUUUUAUUUAUCCUGACACAGUGGCAACGUUCUCCACUGAUCAUCCAACUUCUGCAUUAAUGAGCUAUCAUGGUGACACAAUCAGUGGUAGUUGGGCAGUAAUGGAAAAUAAAGAGGGGGUUUGUUUCCUCAACUCAGACGACAAAGUAUUUCUUGAGGUAAGGUAACACACUUUGGAAAUUACACUGUCUCUGAAGUCAUACUUUUUUUCUGACAUUACAAAUGCCAGUAUUAGUUAUGUUGGUAGGCAAAAUAAGAAAUUCAUUGAACGUAAAAUUUUCGCACAAAUCGGUCGACAUAUAUUCUUUUUUUUUCCCCAUAAGUUACAUAUUGCUCAUAUUAUUGUGAAUCUUGCUCUGAAUAAGUAAUAUUUUCUAGAAUAUUAAGAGUUUAUCAAUAAAACUAAUAUGAAAAUA